AUGCCGUUUCCUGACUUCUUCCUAGUCUUGGCUCCUCCCCACUGUGGCUGCCUUAAGGCAUGCUGGGAAGCUCCUGUGGGCCGUCUCUGCUCCUGGAAGGCACACAGUUGUGGUUCUUGGACCUUUGCUGGGUGCACAAGCGGGAAGUCUCCCCACCUCCGGGCUCCACCCCCUGAAGGACCCCCGUGUGGCCCCAGCAGAGAGCCCGCAGCCAGAGGGAAUGGCCCCCGGGACCCCGAGGCCCCCCUCCCAGGCUCAAACAGCCCCUGGAUGGGCCCAGCUUGUUUCCUGGAUCUCCUCAGGCCAGCCAUUCACUCGCCAUUCCCGCUGAGCCCGGCUCCCUCUGCAGGGCCUUCAGCUUCCCCAGAUGAGGACACAGACCUGGAGCUCUUAUUCUUCACACAGAAGUCUUUGACGUCAUGAAUUGCUUUAAUAUUCUGAUACCCCAGACUCCAUCCCUUCCAGUACUGCAGCCCAUGUUCUACUAUUAUAAUGGAUGUCUGCCACACAGUUAGUGUCAUACCUGAGUCUCACUCUUUCUAAAAAUUGUAAUCAAGGUGGCUUCUCUCAAGGAUCCUCCGUGAUCACUUGGUUCAUGAUCCGUGAUAUGAAGGCAGUGAACAAUUCCCCCUUAGUCACCAUACUGUGAAGACGUUCAGAAGUGCGUAGAUUAGAAUGUCUUUACCCUGAGGGCAAUCCAGGACAGGCAUUCUCUUACCAGGAUACAGAACACAAAUACCAGAUCAAUAAUAAUGUCCGGUUACAUUAUUUUGAUGUCAAAACC